AUGAAACAAGAAAUCUAUUCUGGUCAGUUUUCCAUAGUUCUCAUAGAAUUUUUUCGUCGGGUUUACCUUGUAGCUUUCACCCAAUCACUUCUAGGAAUAUUUUUUGUUCUACCGUGUAUCGAGACUUAUCAAAAAGUGGAUUUAAGAACGAUAACUCUGGAUGUUCCGCCACAAGAGGUGCUGACCAGGGAUUCUGUAACUGUAUCCGUAGAUGCUGUUGUGUACUAUAGGGUAUCUAACGCGACAAUAUCUGUGGCUAAUGUAGAAAACGCUCAUCAUUCCACUAGACUCCUAGCACAAACUACACUAAGAAAUAUACUUGGUACGAAGAAUCUUCAUGAAAUCUUAUCAGAUAGAGAAAGUAUUUCCGGAAACAUGCAGAUUGUUUUGGACGAAGCAACUGAGCCGUGGGGAAUAAAAGUUGAGCGUGUGGAGAUAAAGGAUGCUAGACUCCCAGAGCAGCUUCAGAGAGCCAUGGCAGCAGAAGCAGAAGCAAGCAGAGAAGCUAGAGCAAAGGUUAUAGCAGCUGAUGGAGAAAUGAGAGCCUCCAGGGCUCUACGUGAAGCUUCCAAUAUAAUAGAACAAAGUCCUGCAGCUCUGCAGCUAAGAUACCUACAGACUCUGAACUCUAUCUCCUCUGAGAAGAACUCUACAAUAGUAUUUCCUCUACCAAUAGACAUGAUCUCAUUGUUCCAAAAGAAAAGUGAUUAAACUAAAAAGAGCAUGGCUUCAGCUUGAGUUCGAGGAAACAGAAUUUAGAAUUAACAUUCGCCUAGGGAAACUAAUCAUUUUGAUAUAUUUUACAUAGAAUUGAAUUAAUUAUACCACUGUGCACUUUAUUCUAUAUGAUUUAAUUAUACCACUGUGCACUUUAUACUUUGAAUUUAUUUAGUGCUCAGCUAAAUUUGCACAUUUUUUUUGUAAAAAGGACUAUUUCGAAAUAAAUAAAGAAUUUGUGGCAGGCCAUGCUUAAGCACAGCUUUGGACUUAUUAUUUAAUAUUUUAAAGAUUUUAAAUGUUAUAUUAAUACAUAUACUGUAUAAGUACAGUGGUCAGCGUUAUAUCAUUUCAAUGAAGACGACUUUUUAUUAAUAAUUUUUUUUAUCCCUGACAAGCGUUUUUCAAAUUACAUGUUUACAUGUAAACAAAAAGAAGCUGUUAAUUGACAACUUUGUUUUACUUUGUGUCGCUGCUGAUUGAAAGCUUAGUAGUAAUCAAAAUUGAAAUAGAAAGUCGUCUUUAUUGUAUUAAUAUACACGACAAUGACUGUACCAAGCCAUUUAUAUAGGAACACUGGUUUCUAGAACGUGGACACUGGUCACUAUACAGUGGACACUGGUCCUUAUACAGUGGACACUGGUCCCUAGACAGUGGACACUGGUCCCUAGACAGUGGACACUGGUCACUAUACAGUGGACACUGGUCCCUAGACAGUGGACACUGGUCACUAGACAGUGGACACUGGUCACUAAACAGUGGACACUGGUCACUAAACAGUGUUCACUGGUCCCUAGACAGUGUCCACUGGUCCCGAGACAGUGGACACUGGUCACUAGACAGUGGACACUGGUCCCUAAACAGUGGACACUGGUCACUAGACAGUGGACACUGGUAGACAGUGGACACUGGUAGACAGUGGACACUGGUAGACAGAGGACACUGGUCACAAGACAGUGGACAGUAGACACUGGACAGAAGGUAGUACCUAUUAAAGAUUGUUUAUUACAAUAUUCAAAUUUAAUUUUGAUUUAGAAGAAUUACCCAAAAUCUUUAAUUCUCUAAUCAAUAAUCUUUAUUUCAAUUCAAAGCAAUGACAUAAAGAGAACUAUUCGAUAUUUUUUUCUACCCUGGCAAACCAUAAAUUAAAGACAUUAAACCAGUCAUGUCAUCAUUUUUUAUUUAUUCCCAGAUUUGCUGGAAUGCAUGGCAAAUAAACAAAUAUUAAAAAAAAUAAAAACAUAAAAAUUGUAGAAAAUUUGUUUCAUUCCUGUCAUAUCAAAUUGAACACUAUUUUAGAUGUUAAAUCAUGUUUCAAUAUUGAAUAAAAUGUAAAAUAUUCUUAGUUUUUCUAAAUAUGUGAAGUGGUCUACGAUGGUUUUGACAGUUGUAUUUGU